AUGUCGUUGGGUUUGGCGGAUCCAAGGCGAGGAAUGCCGACUUCCCGGUGGCGGGACACGCCGGAGGCAGCGCAGAGGCGCGAAGGGCACCCGUGCCUGCCCUACCCCGCUCCCACUGCGCCGCCGCCCCGCCCAGCACUACAUGUCCCGUCGUGCCGUGGGCGCCGAGGCCCUAUUGCGGAGUCGCACGCUAGCUGCCCCGGAGUCGCCUGCGCGGAAGCACGGCCCGCCUUCGGUGCUACCCCGAUUUCGCGGUCAGCAACGCCCGAAUCACCCCCCGCCCCGCCACUGCUCCCUCAUCGCGCCUCUCGCACCGCGGUCGGCGGGCCGGCGACCUGCGGCUCUGUGGCGUCUUGCCGUCAGGCAAUUGAGAGAACUCUACAUGUUCAAAAAGGAUCAGGUGGGUUCAGAAAACGCAAGCAUGACAAUUUUCCACAUGGUCAAAGAAGAGAGGAGAAAGAGAAUGUUAAUCCAUCUUCAGCUUUGAUGACGUCUUUUAAAUCAUUCCAGCUGGAGCUUGACACCAGGCAUGAUAAAUAUGAACGGCUCGUGAAGCUCAGUCGUGAUGUAACUAUCGAAAGCAAGAGGACAAUAUUUCUGCUCCACAGAUUUACCAGUGCUCCCAAUGGGGAAGAAAUACUAAAGGAGUCUGAAGUCAAGCUAGAUGCUGUCCGACAGAAGAUCAAGCAGGUUGCACAAGAACUGAUUGGAGAAGACAUGUAUCAGUUCCACAGAGCUAUAUCUCCAGGACUUCAAGAAUAUGUCGAGGCAGUCUCAUUUCAGUAUUUUAUCAAAACACGAUCUUUGAUUAGUGUUGAAGAGAUCAACAAACAACUAAUAUUUACAGCAGAAGACAGAGAAGAAACAACAAACACGACCUCCAAUUCCCAUGACAAACAACCACAUACCUGGAGCCUGAAGGUAACGCCUGUCGAUUACCUGCUGGGAGUGGCAGAUCUGACUGGAGAGCUGAUGCGUCUGUGCAUCAGCAGUGUUGGGAACGGUGACAUAGACACGCCUUUUGAACUGAGCCAGUUCUUGCGUCAGAUCUAUGAUGGUUUUACUUUCAUUGGCAACACUGGGCCUUACGAAGUAUCUAAGAAGCUGUAUACCUUGAAACAGAGUCUGGCAAAAGUAGAGAAUGCCUGCUACACAUUAAAAGUACGGGGAUCUGAAAUCCCAAAGCACAUGCUGGCUGAUGUGUUCUCCACCAAAACAGAAUUGAUUGACCAAGAUGAGGGUCUUCCUUAAAAUAAGGACAACUCAGAAGGGAAGAGGAUUUAGAAAACGCUUUUUAGUUCUGGUUUGUGGGGUUUUGACCCUUCUCAAAGCUUUUUAGGUAGAGACAUUUUUAGUUUAAUCUAUGAAAAGACUUUUUGCAGUAGUAAUUUGUAACCAAAAAUACUUUUUAUGAUGUGCAAGAGAACAAAUGUCUGACUUUGGCCUCUUGGUAUGGAAUUUCCUGUAUUGCUCCAUUGUAUCUUCUUUCAGAAUGACCAAAAUUUCCACUGCACUUCACUCCAGUGACUGUCAGUUGCGUGAGUCACGUCAAACUGUUGCUGUUGUUAUAAGUUUUCAGCAAGCACAGCAGUGGAAAAAAAAUGGUUAGGUACUCUUAUUUAGCAUUAUCCAUAAGUUUCUGCUGACUCAUUUUCUAAGUAUUUGUGUUCUGUAGCCGUGUCAUACCUAGAACAAUGCACCUGUGUGUAAGUUCCUCCCUUGACUUUAAACUGAGGUGGUCUCAACAGUGCCAUGUAACUUAAGUUUUCUCUAAUUAUUGCUUUAAAGUAUGAAACUGAGGCUAAGUCAACUUUUUGCUUAUUGGUAAUGAAGAUAAUUGCACCAGAUAAAUACUACUAUGCACUGGUUAUUUUGGGGCUCUGUUUAAACUGAGCUCUGUUUGAGUUAACACUGGUACUUCACAAUUUUGACAUGAGCUAGAAGAUCCACAAAAAAAAAAGUGGAAUGUAUUGUUUUACAUUUUUUGUAGUAUAGUUUAAUGCAGAAUCUGACAUAUUUCUGUUUGUAGACGAAAGAAGUUGUCGUACAAAUUGUGUAAUUUGGUGUUACGACAAGCUGGUUUUGGCCAGAACGAAUGCGAUGCUGUGUUGGAAGUCUGUUCUCCAUUGUUUGUGCUGCCCUGAGGACCUCCAGUGGGGUUGAACUGGUAUAAGUGAAAAGCUUUAAAUAUAUGUUAGCAGGAACUAUAUCAUGUGCGUGUUCCUAUGGAAAGGAAAUUGCAAACAGAAGUAAGGCAGACAUUCUGGCUUCCACAUUUAUCUUUGAGGUGGGUAUGUCACUGUUGGCAAAAAAUCAGGGCUUUAUGCUGCUGUCUGAAGUUAUGAAAGUCUGAUAAUGUACAUUAUGCUAAAGGAAAACAGAUAAAACAACAUGAUCUUUAGACUCCAGGAAAUAGGCCUCCCAACUGCAAUUGAAAAUACUGCAUGGUUUUUAUUUCCACUUCCAUAUGCUGUGAUACUGCCAAUAUUUUUUCCCAUGAGCAUGUCCUGAAUAGCUGAUAUAUGGUUAGGAAGGGGUAAAUACAUUUCUGUCACAUUUUUCCAUUGUUUCCAUGUAAAGCAAUAUGUGAUGGGUUGAACAAGGAGUGGCUUUUUUCCUAUUGCUUAAUACUAUUUUUUACAAUAAAUUCUGAAAAGUA